AGUCGUAAUUGAACCUCUUCGAGUUCUGACUACACUGCUUUACGACAUCAGCAUGCUUGACAACACCGCCACAUUAUACUGGAUGUCGACUAUGUAAGUAAGUGGUAGGGUGCAAUCUGGUUCCAGCCCCACUUCCCACUGAAAGCUACGCUACUCUAGCUUAGGUUGGAGACUUGUAAUCCAUACGCGUUACGUCAUAGAGCACACGUCUGACACGAAUUGCGAGUAGUAUGGACUAAACUACCUGCGACAAGAAACCUUCGCAACGUUUUGUUUUUGUCCAGCUGCACCGUAGGUUACGUUGCAUCUACAUCAAAGAUGUUAAAAAACCUACCAUGGUCCCCUAGAGAGGAGGCUUCACCAGCAGGAUCUCAUGAAGAUGGACAAAGUCUCACGUCAAUUCUUGAAACCGCUGAACUACGAGGUGAACUGACUCUCCUUGUAGUGGCAUGCACCGAAGUCAUGCGUGAGUCAUUGAUAAACACUUUUGGUCCAAAUCAUACAGGCAAUCCUGCCGAUCAAACCCCCAAUGUAACAGGGGACGACGCGUUGCAGAACAUUAAUGUCGGCCCUGCUAUUUUAGAGGUCGAGGUUACCAACAAAGAAUGCCAAGACCCAGACCGUCGCGAGAAAGGGUUUUCUACUCCCAGAAUGCAAGAACUCCAAGCCGAUGCGCUGCAAUACUUUGACGACUGGAGGGACAGCGUAGUGACAAGACUUGGGUCAACCAUCAAUGCAAAAGAGACAGCACAAAAGCAAGCACACGAGUUAUCAUGUUCAGACUCGCCAAACCAACAUGAGCGCUUGAUACAAGAUGAAGUGCAGCCUGGCGAUGCUGCAGAGGCGGCGAUGAAGAAACUCUAUCCUGUCGUCGAUACACCACUGACUCAGAUGGCUAAGGAGAAGAGAGCCCUAGUCCUACACUCUAUCCUGCUCAUAAUGCUCAGUCUCGAGCACUACUCUGCACACUCUCGUAUUCUAUUACUUCGCCUGACGACCAGCCUCAACCUCUCUAUGUCUUUCCUCGCAGAGCACGAAACUCAGAUUGCGCGCGGUCUCCUCGAGGCCGCGCAGAAACAAAUGAACGCCGACGAGGAGACCAAGACGAAGGCUAAUGAGAACAAGUCUGCGCGCAAGUGGAAAGUUGGACUGGCCUCUGUCGCAGGUGCCGCUGUGAUUGGUAUCACUGGGGGACUCGCCGCACCUCUUCUGGCAGCUGGUAUAGGUUCUGUCAUGGGUGGGCUCGGGCUGGGUGCUACAGCUGCUGCGGGUUAUCUAGGGGCAUUGGCUAGUUCAUCGGUGCUUGUGGGCGGUCUCUUCGGCGCGUACGGAGCACGUAUGACCGGCCAGAUGAUGGAUCAGUACGCAAAAGAGGUUGUUACGCCGUGGCGCAUUAUUGGGCCCAGUAUUGAAGGUUUUGCGCUGCGCUACGAGCUUGAGGCAUUGUUGGCUUUAGGCAACAGCAUCAGCACACUUGUGAAGAGCGCAGCAUGGAGUUUUGCAAAGAGCGAGAUCAUGAAGCGAACCAUUCUUGCGUCUUUGACUGCCGGUCUGUGGCCUAUCGGUCUGCUAAAGGUGUCGCGCAUCUUGGACAACCCAUUUAGUGUCGCGCGUAGCCGAAGUGAGAAGGCAGGCGAAGUUCUCGCGGACGCAUUGAUCAACAAAGCUCAAGGCGAGCGGCCUGUCACACUAGUCGGAUACUCGCUGGGUGCGCGCGUCAUCUACAAGUGCCUACAAACACUGGCAGACCGCAAAGCGUUUGGGCUAGUGGAAAGCGUAGCCCUCCUGGGAGCCCCGACGCCCAGUACAGCAUCUGACUGGCGUCGUAUGCGCGCAGUCGUUAGCGGACGUGUAGUCAACGCGUACUCGACAAAUGACUACAUGCUAGGGUUUUUGUACCGCACGAGCAGCAUUCAAUACGGUGUCGCAGGACUACAGGCGAUUUCAGGCGUGUCUGGCGUAGAAAAUAUCGACGUGAGCAACUUGGUCAAGAAUCACUUGCAGUAUCGGUAUCUCAGUGGGCGCAUACUAAGAGAGAUUGGUUUCGAAGAUAUCAACGUAGAGGAGGCCGAGAUUGAGGAACAGGAGGGCAAGGAGGAGGAGCUGUACGAGGAGAAACAUCGAGAAUAUAGUGAAAAGGAGAGAGCAAUGAAGAACGACGCCAGUCAGGUGACUGAGAUGAAGGAAGAGGUCAAUAGAAAAGACACAAGGGAAAUGGCUGAUCGGACAAAUAAGAUCAGUGCCGGGUCGCGCGCAGCCGGGCUAUCGAAAGGUGGGAAGGAUGCUUCUCAGGAUGGAAGCCCCGAAAACGCAAAAGAGAAUACACAAUGAAGAGAUAAUUUGAUUUUACACAAGGUAGCGAUGUGGUAGACAUUCGACUUGGCCUCGAUGCUACAGGCACUGUAAGAAAAAUCGAACCCAAGAAUUUGAUCUAGAAGACUAGGAGGACCCUGUCUUACCGUCACUCGAUUUUGCAUAAUACCAGUGGUUGAAGUGAAUAGCGACCUACAGAGAGAGCUGUUUAUCCAUUAUUGCGACUCGAUAGUAGAGCUAUCGGGUUCAAGCUCGAG